GGCUUUCUCCUUUUCUUGCUGCUCAAUCAAUCGUAGAUUCGUCAAGAACGCUUCAUUCUUCGCGAGUCUUCGCAAUUCUAAUCAAACUGGAAGUUUUCUUCUGAAUCCUUGUGUUUAUACUUGAGGCAAAUAUGGCGACAAUGGAGCAACCAAAAGCAGCAGCUGAAGAAGCUAAGAUUGAUCUGUUCGAAGAUGACGACGAGUUUGAAGAGUUUGAAAUCGAUCAAGAUUGGGAUGCCAAGGAGGAAGGGAAAGAAGUAACCCAACAGUGGGAAGAUGAUUGGGAUGACGAUGAUGUGAAUGACGACUUCUCUCUGCAGCUGAGGAAAGAACUCGAAAGCAACACCGAUAACAAGUAAGUGAAAUCUAGAAAUGUAGCGUUGUUUUCAUAUUUGAGACAGAUUGCUUGUUAGCCAACGUAUGCCAAGAUUUAAUACCUUGGAGUUCAGUUCCAUGUCAAAUGAAUGUAUAACUACCCUUGUCGACAGUUUUUAAAAUGCGUUAUGUGAUGAUGAAUUCACUUGUCAAAAAA